ACAAUAGCAGUGAGAGUACAUGACAUCACAUCACACGUAGUAUGACUCAACUCCCUCUUUUUUGGUCUUGCCUCAUCAUGACACUCUGUUAUUGGGGUUGCGUUUCUGCUCUUAAAGGGACUUCAUAUCAAUUUGGGCAACCCCUUUUGGGUCACAUUCAGGGAUUUUAGUUUCUCAAGAAAAAUGACAGUUUGUGGAAUUAAAAUAUUUAACGAAUGGCCACUUGUGGUCCAGUGAAAGGUAAAAGGAUACAGAAAUAGUUCUAUAUGACUUGUAGGUUUGGUAAUGAAUACAUUUACUUGGAAAAUCUCCCCUUCUUACUCUCAGAUCAUAUAUCUGAGCAUAUGUUGUAUUGUAUAAAGCGAGUGAUGGUAAGUUUAAGUCUGAUGGUCCAAAGACAAAGGCCAGGAAACUCCUCUCAACCACACGAUGACCACAGUUUCAGAGAAUGCACUUCCCUUCAAAAGUGGGUAAGCACAGUAGACGGCAGUUUCUGAAAACUGGAGUGAGAGAGGAGAACAAAAGUAGUGCUUUGUGUGUUUCAAAAUUUCACGUUACUCUCAUUUUGAGUCUUGUGUAAUUCUCCGAUCCUUUGUGGAUAGAUAGAAAGCAGAUAGAUAGCUCAUAGCAUAGACACCAUCUAAAAAGAGUUCAAAGUUAAUUUGUCACACAUGAAAUAGACAUUGUUAAAACAGUCUCACCUUCGCUGUUGUUCUGGAGGUUUUGAUCAUAUCCACAGCCUUCCAGGGUUGGAGUUGGGAUUAGCCUCAGUGAAAUGUGUAUUUAACACAGGUUAAAUACACAUGAACACUCAUCUGUCUGUUUCAUCUUUUUUGUUAUUUCAUGUAAAAAAAAAAAAAAAAUGAAUAAAUAAAAAUGGAUAGAUUAACUUUCCUUUCACGGAAAAGUAAAACCAAUUUAAGAGAAUUUAUUUAAUUAAAUGUUUCAAGUAGUAGGGUUGUUUAACAGUUAACUUUGAUAUCCAAACGCCACCUGAAAAUGAUCUUCUUGUAAAUAAUACCUACAGUCACUGUGUCACGAAACAAAACUAUUUAAAAAACUUGCAAAUACGCAGUUCAGAACUACAUUCAUGGAUACUGGGUGCAUUCAUAUCAUUUGCUGGAGUGGUUAAAAGGUAAUUUAAAACUCCUUUAUAGGGUAAGAAGGAGCUGAUAUAUAUAUAUAGAACAUAAUCUAAGUGUAGAAAGUACCCAUUCUGCAGAACUUCUCUUUUAAACUUUUUUUGGACUUUUAUUAUCCAGUGAUUUUAUUCUCUGUCACUUAGCAGCAUUUUAGUAUUACACUGGUGGGACUGCAUUGUCAGGCGGCUACACUGUGUAAUUUAAAUGUUAUUAUCUUAUAUUUUAUGCAAAGAACCUGUAGCUUUAGCCAAUAUUUCUCUAAUAGAUUUGAUAAACAGCGCUAUUGGUGUUGUACUGGCCAGGCUACCCUGCCCCGUGGUGAUUGGUUGGCAUUGCUCAUUGUUUUCCAAGUCUGAGCAUGAGUGAAAACAAAGCAGACAUAAACCACAACCACCUACUACUCAACACGAGGAAAAAAUAAUAAUAAUAAUAAUAAUGCCACCUCCUCUUCAUUGACGUUAUCAGUCAGUUGAUCAAGAACAUGCGUAAUUAGUCAUGGCUGAAUGGACAUCCGGUAGUAUCUGUUGGGGACAACGUCCGUGGAAUUAAUUACCACAAGUGAGUAAGGCUCUUUCUCACCUAAUGACAGUCCACUGACAAUUUACCACCAAAGACCACAAUGUUGGUUUAACUCCAUGAUUCAUUUACUAUCAGCCGCUCCUUUUUACCAUCAGUUGGCUUAUUUUAUUUCUGUUUUCUAUGAUUUAUUCUGCAACCAGGUCUGCAGGAAUCAAUAACUGUGCACCCCACGAGCACAGACUGCUGCGGUGAAUAAAAUGGGCGGGGUCAGCAUCCAGGACUGUGGGCUAUAUAUAGUCUGAAAGGAAAGGCACUGGCUAUGGAUGCUGAACGAAUCCCAGCUUACGUCGCCAGCUGUGUGCUGCUGCUGUCCCUGAGCUGGCGCACAUCCGAAGCUCUCCCGGUGCCGGACUUCUACAAGAUGCUCCUGCUGAACAUCUCAAACGCUCUGGACAGUAUUUAUUUGACUGAUGGUAUCCAAUCCGAAAAAAUUGAGAUGAGGAGUACUGGGGACACAGUACUGGCCUGUGCACCCACUCUGACUCAGAACUUAGGUUGCGUGACACAAAGAAAUUCUUCCUUCAGUGAGAGUGAAUGUCUGAAGAACAUAAAGAUGGACCUGCUCUACUAUCAUGAAGCGAUUGCGUCUUACCUCAGAGGUCCUCUCAAAAAUGGUCCAGAGGAAAUUAGACUUCUGAGCCCAAUUGUGGAAAUCACAAAGAAUCUCACAGAGAACUGCUUUCCACAGCUGGAUGUAGAGAACCUGCCCUCAAAGGAUGACAAGUGGGGCAAUGACUCCUACAGCAACCGGCUGGAGAUGAAUAAGAUGAUGAAAGGCUUCCACAUCAGAGCCAUCACUAUCAACCGAGCCAUUGGCUACAUCUCCUCGGGAGACCACAGGAAGUAAACAUCCUGCAACCUCUUCCACUUCAACCUCAUCAAAUAAUAGCACAACAAAUAUCAAAUCUCUAUUAUCACAUCAGAACAAGCUGUCCUAAUUAGUCACUACCAUCUCUUUCAACUGCUGACCAAGUUCUACAAUAUACCUGCUGCACAACUGCCUGCACUGAAGGAAGUUUACUCAGGCAUAAGCUAGCUGGUUCGAGUCCAGCAUCUGCAUUCAGUAAGUGCUGAAGAAUGUUCAAACUAUUGAUACGGUUAGGCGUGUGUUAUAAUGAUUUUAUUUAUUUAUUUAUUGCAUCUAUUUAUUUAUUUGAUCUCCAGUUGUGUUAUUUAUUAUUAUUUAAAUAAAGUAUUUUGUUAUCAAGCAUCAAACUUGAAGUGAUUUUGAUUGAAACUGUUCAACAUCAGUUAGAAGUUAAGAAAUGAGGUAUAAAAGAAACAUGUAGGAGACUUUCGGUUGUUUCUUUCAGCGCUUCUUUAUUUCAUCUCUUCUGCCAAAAUAUACACAAAAAAAAAAAAAAUGAAGGGAACACCUGAACAAUCUUAACUUUGAUUUUGGUCGCGAGCUCGAGUCCUACCCUUAAAGGACAGCUGAUUUUGUUUUUCACAGUAUUCAGUUCUUCUUGAUCUGAUUUUUUCCCUUUUAUUUUUACUUUGGACCUUUUUUGUGGACUUUCUAAUAAUAUGACAUAAAAAACUAAGCUGCUGAAUUUCCCAAAACUUGGUGAGACAUGAUCAAAAGCAGGAACUAUUCUGUUUUGGUGUGAAUCUGGAUCACUUUCCUUAAAAUGAUGAAACAAACAGUGAUUUCACUUGUUUUAUGAAAAGUCUUUGGAGAGAUUCUGACAUGAUUUAAAAAGAAAUGGAAAACAACAACAACAACAACAACAAAAACAGAUUUGGAACAGGGAUAAAUUGGACUGUUGGUGGUAUUUUUCUUUUAAGGAAACAACCCUUUUCUCUGAAUGUAAACAUUGUGGUUUUCUCAAAUAAUGUUGACACAAACAUUUGCAAUUGGUACCUGAAAGAUUUCCACAGCUGUUCCUGCUGAUUUUAUAGUACUUAAUCGUACCUGAGGCCUACAUCUGCGAAAUAAUCCUCAAAAAACUGAAUUAAAAAUAUACAUUGCUUGGUUUUAGCUGCACUCACACAGGUAAAACACCUAAAUUCAUCCCUGAAUCCAAACAUGCUGCAUUUUUGUUUUUCAUAAAGAUUUGGGAAAAAAACAUUUGGG